GACGAGGAGGAAGCAGAAGCCGAGCCCGAGGUGGUCCCCGGCCCCGCCACAGGCACUUUGGACCUUGCGGAGGCUGGUGCUGCCAAGGAGGCAGUCGAGGCCAAAGUGUCCGGGAAUGUCACGGUGACGGACGUGACCGAUGAUGAGGAGGAAGUUAAGGUUCAGGAUGCCUUUGCGGGAUCAGAGAAGGAUGUGCCCGAACUCCAGCCAGAAACUCCAGAGAAGAAGAAGGAAGGCAAGUUCAUUUUAUUUCAGCUGGCCGAGGACCUGCAGGUCGUCACACUGCCAACGCCAGGUGAAGUUGCCCAGACCUUUGGUAUCGUCCUGCUUCUCGUCGCGGCCUAUACAGGCUUCGUGGCAGUGGUCGACUUCAGUGCUCAAGAGGUUCUCGGACAAGUUUUCGCCGACUUCUACAAGGCCGCGCGGCCUGAGGCUCCAUCCAUGUGA